GUGAUUGGGGAGAGAGAUUUCCUCUCACCUCGCUGUAAUUGUUGCUUCUCAGAUAUAAACGGUGUCAGAGUUUCAGCUUCUCACAGUUUGGUCAGAUACUUCAAGUUCAGGACUGCUCAGCCGCAUAAGGAAACAUAAAUGGAGAAGAUGAUCUGCAGGAUCCUGCUGCUCAUCAUCCUCACAUCACAUGUCUGUGCAUCAACAAUUGUGAAGGUGACACAGAACUUCUAUCAGACAGAGGAGAACUACAACAUCACCCUGGAGUGGACCUUCACCCCCAAACAUGAACCCUCCUCUGGCUUCCUUGAUAUCUACUGUCACUUCAGAAAACAUCUGAAGAUCUUAGUUGUCUUUAAAAUGUCUGAUGGUGUUAAGAACUUGAAGCAUCAAGACGAACAGUUUGCAGGACGAGUCCAGAGCGACAGAGAUGCUCUGAGAGAGGGACGACUAAGACUCCUCAUCUCCAGACUCACGACUGAGGACUCAGGAUGGUACUGGUGUGAAGCGUUCACAAAGUCUGGAUGGGACUCUGCCAGCUGUCAACUCCACGUCUCUGCGACCAGAUCCUACGAUGGAGCAGGAAAUGGAGGAUUUAUUACAUUAGGAGUUGUUGCAGCAGCUGCACUUCUGAUUUAUUGUGUUACAGUUUUAGUGAAGAAAAGGAGAAGAAUAUGUGCUGUUGUGUCUCAGAGAAUCAACCAUCAAGGAGUCGUAUGCAGGUUUCUGAUGAAUCACAACUCGAUUACUUGAGUCACUAAACUGAGCGACUGCAGGACUCCUCCUUCAACCUCUGAUUGGAGGACAAGAAAACUAACAUAACAUAACAUAACAUAACAUAACAUAACAUAACAUAACAUAACAUAACAUAACAUAACAUAACAUAACAUAAGAUCCAGAGUUAAAUAAUUAUUUGAUCAAUAACUACAACUGAUCAUUUGUAGGGUUAUUGAUCAAAUAAAACCUGUGACAGAUGUUACCUGCACAUCUGGACAAACCUCGGAUCUCCACAGCUCUGACUUCACUAAAGUAUUUAGUGACAUUAUUAUCAUGAUAUUUACUGAUUAACUUGGACGUUUAUAAGCUUCCUGUUAGUCAUCACAACCACCACUGUCAUCAUCAUCAUCAUCAUCAUCAUCAUCAUCAUCACCAUCAUCAUCAUCAUCAUCACCAUCAUCAUCACCAUCAUCACCAUCAUCAUCAUCAUCACCACCAUCAUCACCAUCAUCAUCAUCACCAUCAUCAUCAUCAUCAUCAUCAUCAUCAUCAUCAUCAUCAUCAUCAUCAUCAUCAUCAUCACCAUCACCAUCACCAUCACCAUCUAGGUUGAAGUAAAAUCUAAACCUAAAUGCGAUAAUAAAACGUUCAAAUGCCUCACCCUUAGUCUUAAACUCCCGAGCUGGAAAUCAGAGAAGCCAGUUUUGUUACAGUUUUUUUCUGAAUGCUUAAGUACAUUUUUUUGCAACAUUGGCUAUUUUUGCUAAACUCUACACACAAAUGAGAAAACCUUUCACCAAAUUAUUAAAACGUUAUAGUUCUCUUGCAAAAUCAAACACAGCUUGAUUAACUUUUCACACCUUAGUAAAAAUGGUGUUUUCAUAUCAGACAGUAAACACAUGCCAUCAUUUACUAAGCACAUAAUGUGCCAACUACACACUAAUGGUAUGAAUACAAAACACAUCUGGCUUUUGCUUUUUCUGUGCACAAGGUAGGCUAGGUCAGUUUGAGGUCAUACUUUUGUCAUAGUUCUGUAAACACACAGGGAUCCAAACUUCAAGUAUUGGUGUUUAUUCACACUCGUCAAAACAAAGACACAGCACAGAACACAAAAUAAUAAAUUCACAAAAAAAAGACAAUCAGCCUACAUCAUGCCGUCUCUCUGGGUCCGGCCA